CUAUUUUUAGUUUAUUCAGUUUGAAAAUGUCGGUUCAUCUUGUAAUAAACUGUAUUAUUUCCUGCACUUUUCUCAUCCUCACUAUUAGAUGUCAGGAAGACAAAUGCAAGUGGACAUUCUUGAACAUACAAAAUUGUUCGAACGACGCGGAGAUGCCGUACAAAAUGUACAUGCACAAAUACAAGGUGAAUCGCACGCAUGUCGCUUUCGAUUUUGGUGGUGAUGUGCCUGAACCCAUCGACGACUCAUAUGCUGUUCGCGUAGAUAUUAAGAGAAAAGUGACCGGUGCAUGGAAACAAUAUAUGAUUUGGGGUGAUGACUGCUUGCCAUGUGCGGGAAAGAAAUUUGCCGAAGAAAAUGUGAAGAGAGGGUUUAUUGCUGCGGGGAUAGAUCCGCCCGAAUUUCCUGUUCCAAAAGGCCGUUACGACGUGAAACAAUUCGUUGUGGACACGACGGAGCUUCCCCAGUUUUCCAGGCUCCUCGGCAUGGACGGUGAAUGGAGUGCGGACGUCUACGUAAUAAAAGACGGACGGGAUUUACUUUGCCAUCAGAUAGUAAUGCUAUACGAAUCCCCAGAAUGAAAACCCGUGUCUUUAUAUUGAAAUACAUAGGUGAAAACAUCAAUUUACAUUAUGGUGAACCGUCAUCAAAAUAUGAUUUUGUAAAUGGUUAUAUUGAACUGAAUUGAUUAAAAUGUUGUAUUUGAGUCCUAAACUUAUGUACCUCGUGUAGAUUAAUCUUUGCAGUCUCAUUCGAUAAAACUAGUACCAAGUGAGUGCCAAUU